AAAGAGAUGGAUUGGGUAUGACUGGGGUGAGUGUAUAACUGAAUGGUAGAGGUGUAAGACUGGCAUGUGGUGGUGUUCAGGAUCGUUGGUUGCAGCGCUUCCCGGGCCUCACUGGGAGGGUGCGCUGAAGUUGGCAUUAAGUCAGGCAAAGGGAGUAAAGUGAGUAAAGAGAGAAGUCUUGUGGAUGGUGGAUGGAUAGGACCAGGCCAAUAUAAUCCAAUAUAUAUAUAUAUAUAUAUGUAUAACAUCAGCCAACAAUUUGAAGAGUUUGCACGGACAGGGGCUUGCCCCAGCACUUUCCGCUUGAAGCUCUUUCUUGACAGCCAUCAGCCCCAAAUGGGUGGCCUUCCCACACGCGGUAGGCCUCCGGUUUCACCUCCCGCGGGAACCGCGGGAACCGCGGGAAGCGCCUCCACGCAACGCUCCCGGCGGCAACGCUUCAGGCAGUGGCGUCGUCGAGUCAAGCGCCGCCUGAAGGGCUGCUUCGGCCUGUCUGGUCGAGCACCGGAGAUUCACCCGGCGGUGGUGCCAAUCAUCGAGCGGAAGCGGACGGCCCCCAACAGCCGCUCCUACCGGGCGCUGGUGGCAGAGGCUGAAGCUGGUGGGGUGCCUGCUGCAGUGGUGCACCAGAUCCAGCUGGAUGUGGCAAGAACCUUCCCAGCCAUCCCUGAGCCCAGCGGAAACUGGGGAUGGUCUGAGGAGGCUGCGGAUCGAGAGAGCUGCUUGGCACGGGUGCUCAUGGCCUUCGAAUGCCGUGCCUUGGAUUCUUUGGGGCCCAGACCCCAGAAGUCUCUGCCGAUGUUGCUGAAGAUCCGACGAUCCUGGUGUGGUCCGGGAGAUGGGGAUGCCUGUGUGCGGACUCCACUGAUGCGGCAUUCAGUGGGAGGUGAGGCAAGACUAUGGGCAGAAGAGGUUUCUGCAUCCAACAGCGACCCGGUGCCGACAUAUGUACAAGGCUGCAGCAUGAUGGCGGCGAUGUGUUUGGGCUUCACCGCGGGAAGAGAAGAGGAAGGUUUUUGGAUCUUCACAUACCUCAUGGAGGAUGUGCUGGGCCCCGAGUUCUUCUCCAGGAGGCCAGCCAUGAUGGGCUACCAUGGGGACAAGGCAGCCCUCGCGCAGCUGGUGGCCUCCACCAUGCCAGAACUGGCUGAACGCUUAGGCACUGCAGGCUUGGCAGAGUGUGUCUCAGCGCUGGCCGCGCGGUGCCUCCUCUCGGGCUUCGUCGGCUUCCUGUCCGGGGAACCGUUGGUGGCCUUCUGGGAGGAACUCCUCGCCAAUCAUUGGCCGGACUAUCCACGGCUCCCGUUGCUGCUGUGGUUUACCGGGCUGGUGCAACAUGCAGAGAGGCAGCUGCAGCAGGCGCCCAGCGACGAACUGGUGCCCAUCUUCUUUCGCACGGUGCAAUCUGCUAGCCGCGAGCUGCCCCGGGGCUGGCGACCAGUGCUGCCUUUGAGUCAGCCAAGGGCGCUGGAGCUCCGGCAGGUCUCACAAGAAGCCCAGGAGAAGUACCGACAGCUACAGGAAGAGUUGAAUUUCAAGGAGAUGCAUGCCAAACAGGUGUCGGCCUCCUUGGACCGCUCGGCUGCUCAACUGGCCGAUGCCUUGAAGCUGGCAUCGUCCGCCUCGGCCUCGGCCUCGGCCGCCUCGGCCGCCUCGGCCGCCCGGUGAAGACGGAUCCGUUGUGGAGGAACGGCCCUCCGAUUUGAGGGACGCUGCAAGGGUGGAUGCGAGCAACGGCCGGGCCGCGGAAGAAGAACAAAAGGGCGCCAGGGCGGGGUGGCUGGGAUAGGAUGCUGGAGGGCAGAAAGAUGUGC